AUGGCUGCUCUGACCAUCGAGACCGGUGUCUAUUUCAUCCAGAACGCCGGCACUGGCACCGUUCUGGACCUCACUAAUGGAUCCAGCGCCAACAGUACCAAGGUCCAGGGCUUUACCAAGCGCGAGCUCAACGACGUCUGGGUAUCCGCGCAAUUGUGGAUCAUCGCGCAAGUCCCGGGCACGGACGAGUACACGAUCCAGAACGCGAACAGCCGCACCUACCUCGACUUGACUGGGAGCAACAUCCAGAACGGAACGCCCCUCAUCGGUUACCAGCCCACGGGCAACCCGAACCAGCGCUGGAUCAUCAAGCGCAACAGCACCAACACCGCCUAUGUCAUCGGGAACGGCGCGACUGGCACAUUUGUCGAUUUGCUCAACGGGGGCAGUGCCAACGGUACCACCGUCAACGGCUGGGCUGGUCAGGGACCGGCUACCACCAACCCGCACCAGCUCUGGCACAUUGUCCGGGCUUGA